AUGCAAACAUCACCCAGAGACUGCCUGCCAGUGGACCUGACCUGUCCAAUCACACCAUUUAAUGACUCUCGAGUAUGUGAAGGCAUUGACAGCUCUGUGCUCCAGAGCCACCUGGGGGCUGGGGGUGGAAUGAUAAUGUGCAACUUCAGUGUGGAACAGUAUGCCUGUGCUCAUCUGGGAGAUUUCACUGCGGCAGACCUUGUCUCACUGUUGCAAUGCAAGCUGUCCAGCAACAUGGCCUACUCUAAGGAGACGUGGAAGGUGCUUCUCACCAAAACCUCUGCAGUCCUGGAUGAAGCACUUGGCAUCCUAUCGAACAUGUCUGUGACCUUCAGCGGUCCGUCGGUUCCUCUGGUUCUGGACGUGAUCAGGGAGAUGCGCUUCGACCUGCUCGAUCAGCAGCAGCUGCAGGACGUGGACGUCGUCUCGGCCUGGUUCGCGGGCCACCUGAGGCCCUUCCUCUCCUCCGCCUCAGGGGUCUUCCUGCACUGUGUCAGCAGCAGGGAGCUCAGUUGCGCCACCUACCAGCACGUGCUGGAUCAGUUCAGUCACAUGGGCGACAGCCAUGGCAUGAUGGUGCUGAAAUAUUUCAUCCGGCCCUUCCUGUCCAAAAACUCAACAGAACCGGCGUGCGCCUCGAAUAACAGUGCGGAGUGGCUGAAGGAGAACUUUGGGCCGUUCUCAGUGUUCGUCUCCAUCCCCGAGCUGGUCUCCCUCAACCCACAGUUCAACCCGCUGGCCGUGGUGGAGGUCCUGACCCCUCAGCAGACGGCCGAGCUGAUGGUGCUGAACGUGCCCGGGCUCCCCGACCGAGAGCAGCUCAUCAACAGCGUCUUUGACUACCUGCUCACCUCACCUGUGGAGAACCGCCUGCCUCAGGUCCUGGAGAGCGUCGCUUCCCUCGCAGCCACGGUCCCCCUGGAUUGUAGAUUGUACCAGACCAUUUUCAAGAGACUAAAUGACAUUCUGACAUCAUCACCUGGCGCCCUGGAACCAGUUAUCUGGACGAGCAUUUAUGACCUCACAUCAACAGCUCCAGCAGAUUGCGCUCUGUUCAUGGUGAAUCUCCAGUGCCCUAUUACUUCACACAAUGAAUCUGUAGUGUGCAAUGGAGUGGACAGCUCACUUUUCCAGCAGUCCCUGGACAUGGGGAACGUGGAUGUGUGUGACUACAGCGUCUCCGAGCUGGCAUGUGCCUCGUUGGCGAACUUCACCGUGGAUCACCUGGUCAAGUCACUGCAGUGUCACCUCCCCCGUCCCAACCCUGAGCCCAGAGCCGCAUGGAAGCUCCUCCUCACCAAGGCCUCCACCAUCUUGGAUCAGGCCCUGUAUGUCUUCACCAACCAGCUCAGUAGCUACAUAAAUACCCUUCUAGCACAUAAGUAA